AUGGCGGAAGGGGGCGGGCGGGGCGACCCCCCGCGCGUCGCGGCUCCUGCGCCGGAGGCUGGAGACGGGGCUGAGCUGGAAAGCAAGGCCGGUGGCGGCGGGGGUGACCCCGCGGGGAGCCCCGCAGCCUGCCCCGACGUGUACGGAUACAUUAAGGGAGACCUGUUUACCUCCGAGAUCUAUAAAGUAGAAAUACAAAACCUCCCCAAAUACAUCGGGUUCAAUGACGUGAAAAAGUUCCUCGCCAAAUACGGACUCAAUCCUCAUAAGAUAAAACUGUUUGGGAAGCAGACGUUCGCGUUCGUCACGUUUAAGAGCGAGGAGGAGCGGGACAAGGCCAUGCGGGUGCUGCACGGGGCCCUGUGGAAGAGCCGGGCCCUGAACGUCCGGCUGGCCAAGCCCAAAGCCGACCCCAUCGCCAAGAAACGCAAGCAGGAAGGGGAGCAGGAGCAAGAGCAGGGCGAGGCAAAGCGGCCCGCGCUCUCUGCAGCCAGCGGAGAGGAGCCCCUGAGCAAGCGCAUAGCUGAUGUGGUGACCCCGCUGUGGAGCGUGCCCUAUGGGGAGCAGCUGGCCAAGAAGCAGCAGGAGUGUGAGCAAGUGCUGCAGAAGCUGACAAAGGAAAUAGGAAAUAACAACAGAGCUUUGUUACCUUGGUUGUUCCUGCAGAAGCAGAAGUACAAUAAAUUGUGUUGCCCGCUAGAGGGAGUGAAAGCGUCCCCGGUGCAGACUGAAUAUCGCAACAAAUGUGAGUUCUUGAUUGGGAUUGGUGUAAAUCAAGAAGACAAAACUGUGGGUUGUCGUCUUGGCAAAUAUAAGGGUGGUACAUGUGCUGUAGUGGAGCCAUUUGAUACUAUUCACAUUCCUGCUAUUGCCAAAAAAGUAGUAAAAGCUUUCCAAGACUACAUAAGGUCAACUUCUUACUCAGUUUACAGCCCAGAAACCUACGAAGGUCACUGGAAACAGCUCACAGUCCGUACCAGCAGGAUUGGCCACACCAUGGCCAUUGUUUAUUUUAAUCCUCAGAAAUUAAGUAAAGAAGAGCUAGCUGACCUGAAAAUCUCUCUGGCAACAUACUUCACAGAAGGGAUGGGAAAGAGCAGUGGUGUUACCUCUCUGUACUUUGUGGAGGAAGGACAAAGGAAAUCUCCCAAUCUAGAAGACUUGCCUUUGGAGCACGUGGCUGGUGAUAAGUACAUCUAUGAAGAACUUCUUGGCCUAAAAUUUAGAAUUUCUCCUCAUGCAUUUUUUCAAGUAAACACAGAAGCUGCAGAAGUUCUGUACACCGCCAUCAGGGAUUGGGCGCAGCUGAGCCAAGAGAGCACGGUGCUUGACAUUUGCUGUGGGACAGGAACUAUUGGCAUUUCCUUGGCAAAGAAAGUAAAGAAAGUGAUUGGAAUUGAACUCUGCCAAGAAGCUGUGCAGGAUGCCAAAGUGAAUGCCCAGAUUAAUGAACUGAGUAAUAUUGAAUUUCACUGUGGGAAGGCUGAAGACAUUGUUCCUUCUCUAAUUAACAUAUUAGCUCCUCAGAACCUGGUUACUAUUGUAGACCCACCACGAGCAGGGCUGCAUUCCAAGGUAAUUCUUGCCAUUAGAAGAGCUGAACAUCUGAAGAAGCUGAUCUAUGUGUCCUGCAAUCCCAGAGCCGCAAUGAAUAACUUUGUGGACCUGUGCCGGGCCCCUUCCAACAGAGUCAAAGGAGCCUCUUUCCGUCCCGUUAAGGCGGUGGCUGUGGAUCUCUUCCCUCAGACCAGGCACUGCGAGUUACUGAUACUCUUUGAAAGGGUGGAAUAUGCAAACGGGAGCUCUGCUGAAGCAACACCUGAUGCUGCUCAAGGCCCAGCAGCAGGACAUGACGCCGAGUGCUUGGAUGGCAUCAACCCAUCCAACGCUGACACAAGCCAGACAACUCCUGAAGGUGCAGGUGCUGCACUUGAAGAGAAGGAAUCUACUUAACUCCUGGGAGACACUUUGCAGAAACUACUUUUGCUUGUUAGACGCUUCAGUAACGUUGGUGCUGUAACAUCUAGGUAAUAAAUCUCGGUACAACAGA